AUGUUAUUCAUUCGCGGUUUAAUUGUCGCUAAAUUAUUAGCUGUCGCUUUUGCAGCCGGAAGUAUCACCCAGGAAAUCGCAAUAACUAAAUCUAUUACCGGCGCACACGUAAGAAUCCUCGCCUAUCACGAACCGCCGAUUUUCAACAUAAUCCGCAAUCCGGCUAAUCAGAGCUUGGUCCGCUUCAUCGGAUUUCCCAAAGAUGUUUUUGAUGUUUUGUCAGCCAGUUGGAAUUUUACGUAUUCUUUCGUCGAAGUCACGCCAAUUAUGGUGAAGAGCAAAGGAUCAGUCGACGCAGCCAUGAUCGAUCAACUUUUGCUAAAGAACGCUGAUUUAAAUGGACGUCUUUCUUCGCCAACUGCCGAACUUUUGACCCACAUAGACUAUACCGUCGCUGUGUCCGUCUUUACUUUCGCCAUCAUCCAGCCGAUGCCACAAAUCCACUAUGGAUUUUCAGCUCCGAUCAAACCCUUUCAGCCAACGGUGUGGUAUUUGAUAAUUGUGGUUUUCGUCGCCACCGGGUUAUUUUUGAGCGCCAUUACAAAAGCCACUGGAUCGAACGGACUCAUUCGAGUACAAAGUAACACGCGAAUCAUUUGGGACAACAUCUGGUACCCUUGGAUUGUUCUCAUGACGCAAGGAGGACAUUUGCUAUCCAGCCGUUUGCCGCUCCGUUUCGUGGCCGGUUCCUGGUGUCUAAUGGCCGUCGUCCUCGUCUACGCUUACACCGGAACGCUCAUCUCCCACAUUUCUUUGUCUAAAUACGAAUCGGUUAUCAACACCUUUGACGAUCUGGCGGCCAGCACAAAACUCCGCAUCAUCACCCAAAGAGGAAGCCUAUCCGCCGAAAUCAUUUUGAACUCGAAAAUAGGUGCGCUGAAAACCCUCGGCGACUCGCUCAGACAGAAUCCUGAAGAUCUUCUCCUUUCGUUACCCGGAGAAACUGAAAAAAUUCUGCUCUCCGGUUGCUGCGCUUACGUCGAAGUCAAGAGACUUGGGGAGUUGCUGGUGUACAAGAGCAUGGCGGAACAUGGCGGCGAAUGCAAAUUGACCUUUGGAAAAGAAUUGGAUUAUUCACAAGUUUGGAGUUUCGGCGUAGCUAAAAACUUUCCUCAUUUAUCCAAAAUUAAUAGAGGGCUCCAAACGAUGCGUGAAACGGGACUCUAUUCUCGAAUUACCCAGCGGUAUUUGAAGCCGAUCGACAAGUGUUUAGCGAGGGAGGCCUACCGACCGAAGAAAAGCCAAUUGACUCUUUACGACAUGACCAGUUCUUUCAUUGUCCUCGGCCUAGGUGGCGGCUUUUCUUUCCUGGUCUUUCUAUUGGAGCUGUUGGUUUCAUCUCGUUUCUUCAGGACGAAACCACCCGCUGCUCCGGAACUAUCAGUUUCCACGGUGUAG